AUGCAUUCGUUCAUGAAUGAUGACUCAGUUCCAUUUGAGAGAGCCUUAUUUAUUCUGAGAAAAAAGCUGUUUCCCUUUAUGCAUGAUCCACCCCCUUGGCUUAGUGGUAAGUGCAUGGUCAUUUUUGCCAUGUAGAAGCCACCAUUGUUCUUUCUGACAUUAUUUUCUGUCUACUCCCUUUCUUUCACAAGGUACAAUGACACCAACGAAGCAAUGUAGUUUAAUAAAUGUAGAAAGUUCUGUGGUUACAGCUCAACAUAGCACCUUUGCUGAAAAGUUUUAAUAAAUUUGAGUGAACAAUAAACAAAACAUCACCCUUGAUAUUCAAAAUUGAGUAGGAAACGUAUUGACACAACUUAAUCUUUACAGACAAGCCUGAAGAAACAGAAGAUGUGAUGAAAUCACUAAUGGCCAUUUACUUUGGCAGAAAAAAAACUGAAGAUCUGAAACAUCAUCCUAGUGAUCCUGAAAACUUUUCGGACACCCUGUACCAACCAGAAAAAGAUGCUAAUGGUGAUCGAAUCCACCACUGUGAAGACCAUAAUCACCUUCUCAAACGUAUAGUGUCUCGUCUUCGUGAAGGCCUUAUUCCAGGCAUUGAUUCAAGAUACCUUCGAGAUGCUCUGCAUGACCCUGCUACUGGUUUGACAUAUGAGGCGCUUACUGGGAAGAACAAACAGUCAGUUCCUGAUUGUGAGCGGCUCAUUGGUCCUGGAGUUAUUUCAUUCCUUGAACGAAAAGGUCACACAAGUGGGGCCAGCAUUAUUAGACUGAUCCACAACUGGCACAAAGCAGUUGAUGGGAGAGGACUUUCCGAAGAACAGCGCUCGACUUACUGUAGGGACAUGAAAGAGUGGUUGUUAUCAGAUUGGAUGCCAUGGUACAGUCCUCAACCUGACUUUAGCACUAUUGAUGUGAACAGGUGGGCUAUUAAUUUAUUAUCUUUUGUAGAGGAACCCUUGAUGAUCCUUUAAAAAAUAUAUAGGAUAUCAGGGUCCUCCAGGAAAUUUAAAGUAGAAAAAAAAAACCUUCAGUCAUACAUUCCAUGUAGGUGAUUUGUCUUGGCAUGGGUGUGGAAAGGGGCAUAGCCCCAUUUAUUGAAGGAAUCUGAUGACCUUUUAGGGAAAUUUUGAAUUGUGGGAUCCUUAAAAGCAAACUUUCAUGCAUUUUGUGAGGCCAAAAAAAGAAAUGGCAUACAUGUGUGAAUGGCUUCUUUAUUAUUUACCCAUUAACUGCUUUACCAAAUAUCACAUUCGCUUUACCAACUGACCCCAGUUGUUAAAAAGGUGGGUAACACUAUAAAUUGGAUAAAUUCGUUAAUCAUUGAUAAUGCACAGAGUUUGUCUUUGGUUCACUUACUGGCAUAAAGAGAACUUUGUUUUGAGUUGUAUGAAAUCCUUUCUUAUAUAUGUAUAUCAUGUCAAGGCCUAUAAAGGGGAUCUGCGGCUUUACUCAAGAAACUAUUGUGGGCCUGGUAGCAAACUUGGAGAGUAGAGAGUUACAAAACGCCAGGAGAGAGCGCUCCCCCCUGAGCAUCAGCAACUGA